GGAGAGUCAAAAGACCGCCAGGCGCACGAUCCAGCGCUGAGAGCCGCCGAUGAGGAAGUGCAACAACUGAACCUGCGAUGUGGAGGGAGGAGAGCCGCUCAUCUCUGUAGUUCUUGCUGGGGGAACGUCAGCCAUCAAAACGCGCGGACUUGGUGACACCAGGAGAUGCCCAGGGAGUAAUAUCAGGAAUCAUGUGCCUUAUUGGCACCGAGUCGGUGCCAGCGCAGCGGUGUGAGGUUUGUGGAGAGAAGUGAAGCGGUGGAGGAGGAGGAAGAGGAGGGGUAGACAGCCUAGCAGACAGGUGCGACUCCACUGUCUGUUUCAUUUUCUCUGUUUUAGAGCCAUGGAUACCCGCAAGGAAAACAAGGUAAGGAAGCAGCCCAUGAAACCCAAAACUACCAAGCGAAAGGAGAAGAAAUACAAAACGGGGUUCGUCAGGAGGAAAUCGUUGCGGUCUUUUGGGAAUUUCAUGGGAAGGAUCCUUAAAACUUUGGGCACUUUGGCGCACUUUGGCGACGCGGCGCCGCCGGACGCAGAGGACGACGACGGCGGCUUCGGGCAGAGCGUCGGGGGUUUCAAAGACGACUACAGGGACGGAGCCGUGAAGAAGAGCUCCACGGUGUCCUCCUCUCACGGCUCGGUGAAAGACAGACUGUCGUGGUGCUACGGCGACAAGACCCCCGGGGUGCUGGGACUGAAGAACCACGGCAACACCUGUUUCAUGAACGCCGUGGUUCAGUGCCUCAGCAACACGGACCUGCUGGCCGAGUACCUCGGGCUGGAGCAGUACAGGUCGGAUACGCGCCACAGGAGGCUGAACGGGGAGGUGAGAGGAGAGGAGCCGCAGACCGCCAGGGGAGAAGUGACCGAGCAGCUGGCGUCUUUGGUUCGGGGGCUGUGGACGCUGGAAUACACGCCGCAGCUGUCCGUGGAGUUCAAGAGCAUAGUGGCCAAAUAUGGCUCUCAGUUUCGGGGAAAUUCUCAGCACGACGCCCUCGAGUUCCUCCUCUGGCUUUUGGACCGAGUUCAUGAAGAUGCUAAUUCCACAGCUGACAACAACAGCAGCAGCAGCAGCAGCAAGACCAAAGCCAAUGCCAAGGGACCAAGUUCAUUGGAGAAUUCUUCUAGUCCCAGUGUAGCCAGCACACAGCAACCUCGAGGUCGACACAGCUUUGUCCAGGAACACUUCCAGGCUCAAUACAGGUCUUCUCUGACGUGCCCUCAUUGCCUUAAGCAGAGCAACACCUUUGACCCGUUUUUAUGUAUCUCUCUGCCCAUUCCUCUACGACAAACAAGGCCACUUUGUGUGACGCUGGUGUUCAGCACGAAGGGCCAGCGGUAUCUGCGGGUGGGUCUGGCAGUGCCUCUGUUUGGUUCCGUGUCCUGCCUGAGAGCGAUGGUGGCAGCGGAGGGCAACAUCUCCCCAGGCCAGGUCAUCCUAUCAGAGCUUUACUCGACGGGUUUCCAGCGUUCUUUCGCAGAUGAUGACGACCUGACUUCAAUAGCUGACAGCGACGUCGUCUACGCCUUCCAGGCUCCUCCCCUCUGUAGCCGUGGGAGCUCCGCACCACACUCAGGGUAUCACCACAGCCUCCCUUCCUCCCCCUACACCUCCACGGCUGGACCUGAUGGUCAGAGAUUACCUCCAUCCGGUACACUCUCAUCUGAAUACCUGAACCAGGGCAGCUCCACGAAGGUCCUCCUCCUCAUGUGCAACACAGCAGGAUCUGGCCAGCAAGCGGUCAGGUUCGGACCUCCAUUUCUCAUGCUGGAGGACAGGAGCAUCUCCUGGGACCAGCUGCAACAGAGCAUCCUCAGCAAGCUCUAUUAUCUGAUGCUGAAUGGAUCUCAGGCUCAGAAUGCUGGAGUACUUUUUAAGAUCAGAGUGGUUGGAGGAUCUGCAGCCUAUAGCUACCUGUCCCCACAGGACAGCAGACCGCUGUACCACCCUGCAGUUGACAGAGCUCUGAAGUUCUGCGGGCCGGGGGGACCUCCACAUGUGAAGCUUGUUGUCGAGUGGGAGCACAGCUCUAAAGAAUGUCUGUUUGGCAGCAUCCAGGAGGAGGUGGUGAAGGAUGCAGAGAGCGUGAGGAACCAGCAGCAACAGCAUCUUCAGCAGCACAGCUGUACCUUGGACGAGUGCUUUCAGCUGUAUACCAAAGAAGAACAGCUCGCCCCAGAUGAUGCCUGGAAGUGUCCCCACUGUAAGCAGCUCCAGCAGGGGAUGGUGAAGAUGAGCCUGUGGACGCUGCCUGACAUACUGAUCCUCCAUCUCAAGCGCUUCCGACAAGUGGGAGAGCGAAGGAACAAGCUGUCAACUCUGGUGCGUUUCCCGCUGACUGGUCUGGACAUGGCCCCCCAUGUGGUGAAGAGAAGUCAGAGUAUGAGGAAUGUGAACAUGGGGUCAUCCCAACCUCCCUGGAAGCAACCCUCAGGCCAACACCACCAAUCUGCUGACAUGAUCCUUCCCCACGACUACCUGUAUGACCUCUACGCUGUGUGCAACCAUCACGGAGGAAUGCAUGGAGGACAUUAUACUGCCUACUGUAGGAAUUCGGUGGAUGGCCAGUGGUACAGCUACGAUGACAGCAGCGUAGACCUGGUACCAGAGGAGGAAGUAUGUACCAGAGGAGCUUACAUCCUUUUCUACCAGCGACGCAACACCAUUCCUCCAUGGUCAGCCAGUAGCUCCAUCAGAGGUUCUACAAGUUCAUCAAUGUCAGACCAUUGGCUUAUUAGGCUGACGGGUGACAGUAAAAGAGGCAGUCUGGUGUCUCGUUCUUCCACCACCUGCCCGUCUUCCAUACCGGACUCUCCAGAGUCUCCAGUCUUCCUUGACAAUGGCUUUAAGGAGGAAAGAGGGGGCUUUGAGAGCAGGCCAUUCAUCAGGGGUCUUCAGGGGCGCAGUGUGAGCAUGAGAGCACCCAGCAAGACUAAGGACACCCUGAGCAAAGUGCUUCCCCUGCGCUGGUCUUUUGGUUCCAAGGACAGACGAAAACCAGAACCAGUGCCUUCCCCGAUCCCAGAUCCUGCCCCUGCUGAGCUGGUUCAAUACUUGGAAUCCGGCCGGCGACCCCGAUGCACAAAGGAUUCAAUCGUGACAUUGAUGAGUGAACCACGUGGAUCAAAGGAAGCUGCCGUGGGCCGCGCUGCAGCUGAUGUUCGAUCCUCCAGCGUGGGGAGUAUAAGUUGUGUGGGUAAGGCGGAUGAGGAGUUGCCAUUUCCACAGGUCCCUGAGGGCCAGAGGCGGUCUUCGGAUAAAACAACCAGUCUGAGACGCAACAAGGGGAGCCAGACAAGAGAGGAGAACACAGGGAAUAUCACCAGUAGCUCUAGCAGUAACACCCUUACCAGGAGGAAGGAAGCCAGGAAGCAGAGCUCCUCCAAAUCUUCCCAGGACACUGAGACAAGACGGAGUUCUCGUGCUGGAGUUCAGCCCAGCUACAGUACACCCAGCCUUCAUGAUGGGACUUUAAGAAGACAAAAGGGGGACAGAACUGAUAAGCCAAACCAUGGUACAUAUGAAGAAAACUCUAAGACCAAGAAAGGAGAAGCUCCCAAGAGCCAUGAGGGACUGCUGUCUUUCUUCAAAGGUAACUUCCUGAAGAAGGAUAAAGAGUCCAGGAAGUCGAAGGAGGGUGAAUCAGGGAGAGAAGGAGCUGAGGAAGGAAGCAGAAGGUCCUUAUCCAGACUGUCGCUGUCUAACGGAGCAGUAGGAGGCAGAACUGGAGUGGAAGGAGGCAAGUCUAAUGGUUCCAGCCAUCCAGCUGAUGAACUGGCAAACGGGAAGGUGGGUCGCACCAUGGCUGACAUUAAACGCUCCCAAAGCUCCUCUAACAUCCCCACCAAAGCGGAGCAGAGCAUGCGACGGACGGCGUCUUUACAUCGUAAUGGGAUGUCUACAACCCCGGCUCCAUCACGCAGCCUGACGACGGACAAACCAUCUUAUGGCACACUGCAAAGGACUCGCUACAGCACAACCUCACUGGGACGCAAAAGGACAGUCCCUGAGUCCAGCUUCUGACACAGAAAUAUUCAGCAUUAGACAUCCACGCACAAAGCCUUUUACUUAAUAUGAAGUCAGUGACAUCUAAUCUCUGAGAUCAAAGCAAUAGAGCUCCAUUCACAAUGAUGCGCCUUUUUGUUCCGAGAAAAUUAACUGACUCAAGUGGUUUGUUCCAUGGAGCCGAGACAAAUGAAGGGUUCUUUAAUCCUGGGGCAUAGAGCAGAGCAAAGUAAGGUGACCUGUCCAUCAAAUAUGUGAAUCUAUCUCUGUUCUGUUUUUUAUUAAAUGAAAACAAGUGCCUGAGCAACGAAUAUGCAGUUUACACCAAUGGGUUUAUGUCUGUUUGGCAGUGGAAGCACCCAAAUACACACACAUGCAUACAAACAUACUACGCAUUUGUGUGUGAUUAAUGUAACGUGAGUUUUGGAAUUCAUCACUCUGUUUUGAACUCAUGGUUGUUGCUUACAAUUGAGACACAUUGAUUGUGUUAAUUUUUGACGCUGCAGUUUCUGGUUAACAUCGACUAUUCCUCUUUGAUCUCUUUUUUAAUGUCAAUUUAAAGGCCGGGAUGGCUUUGAACACAAAGCUAUGUUUUUAUAAAGCAUUAGUUUGUGCCCAUUUGAUUCCAGACUACAGUUGCUGUUUAUUUAAUUAUUAGUAGCUGAGACUGACAUUCAGAAAGUUUAAAAGUGCAUUUGUAAACUGUGAAGAAUAGUAUGAAUAGAAUAUCAACCCUAAGAGAAUGUUGUAGACCUUUUAUUGUAAUAUCGGUUAACCAUGAUGAUUGGAUUACAUGUUUUUGUUCUUGUAAUACUGCUGUAAACCCACCGCUGUGUUUUGUAAUCAGCGGUUUUUUGAUCAACUGCUGCGUUUUGUUUUGUAGAGAUGGUGGCCACAGCUAGCAAAGAAAAGUGUUUCUGACUUGAAAUGGAGCAUGUGGCCACAUGCUGGCUCCACUGAAGCUGGCAGAAUCAUUUGGUGUCUUUGAGCCUCAUGUUGGUGAAUGUGCCUCCCAAGUGGCUGCUCUGCAAAACUACUGAUUUUUUCUUUGUGAGAGAUUUUCACUAGAACAGGACAUUCUCUGCUUUUAUUUUUUGCAAUCAAGCUUCUUUAUAGCAGAGGUGAUAAAUUUGCAGCCUAACAAUGACCACAUUUUGCCAGUACUGAGAAAGGAAAAUACUUGACAAUGCACCAAAAUGGACACAAAAAUCAGAUCUAUGGAAGGGAAAAACAAUACACAUUACAGCAUGUAUUUCAUUUUCCUGUGUCCAUUUACUGUUGUCUCACUAUACAUUAAUACAAGCUAACACUAAAUAAUGUUUAUACCAACAGAUAAUUAUGCCAGGAAGUGUGCGUUUGUUUAUCUUCUUCCAGCACAAUCCAUGCCUUAAAAUACCACCCGCAUUAUUACUUUGCAUGCAUUUAUUCAUUAUGUUGUUAACUAUGCAGGUUUUCAGCUCUAUUUUGCACUUCUGGUUAGAUGCCUCACUAAAUUUCACUCCUUGCAUACCUGUAGUUUGUGCAAUACAAUGGCAUCAUGAAGGAUUUCUUGUGCACUUUGCUCUUUUAAAGCUUCAGCUAUUAUGAAUCUUGAUUGAAUUUAUAUCUCUUAAGCUUUAAUCUGUGUUAUAUUGACUUAUUUUUUACCUUGAUCUUCAUCUUUUCAAACAUCAGCAUGCUUCAUAUUUUAAUACUCAGCUGAUCAAAUGUAGAAAAUACACGGUACAGUUAAAAGUGCUUUACUCCACUGAGACUCGAGGAAAAAAAAACACCACUGCUAAUGCACAUUACAUUCUCACCCAGUGGCAAUGCAGUUGAACUCAUCACAAUAUGCUUGUAUUUAAAAUGGGGAAGCUGCUUUUGUUCACUUCUCACUACACUAGAAAAAAAACACAUCAGAAUGCUGACCCUGAAAGCAAGCAUAGAAUGUCAGCCUGUGAAAUCACAGCCAAAUACUGGUUGUAAUAUCAUUUUUGUUGUUACAGAACUGAAUCACAUAACCUUAAACUUUUGGUUUCCUUAUAUGUAAUCACUGCUUAUGCUGCUUCCAUUUGUCAUCUGCAGAGUUUUGCUGCCUUCAGGUGCAAAACUAGAUUGCAAAAACACUCAAAUCAUGCCGAAAAAAAUGUAUUUUAUACAGCAUUUGACGUUUAGAUAAUUAAGCUAAAUUCGCCUUUCUAACCCUCAGAUUCUGAAAACACACUGUUAUUCAGUAUCUGAAAAGUGUUUAAAAAUUAACAAUGAAUGCUAGAUUUAAAGUGUAUGUAUGUGCACAUCAUGAUUUUUUUCCCCUUCAUUUGUCAUAGGAAAUCAGAGAGCCAGACCAAGAGAACAGACGAGAUAAAUUAUUUCACAAAAUACUUAAAUUACAGGAAGGGAAUGGGACUGAGGAACAGAAUGAGAUUGACUAAGGAAGAUUACAGAAGAGGACCUGAUGAAUAGACUAAAGAAGGCUUCCACUAGGGGCCAGGGGCCACAGCGACCUUCUAGAGAAAUACAAGGAAUUACUGGUAAAGUGUGUGAAAGGUGCACGCUAAGCAAUACACGAUGCAAACUAGAAUGCUAAGGGGUGAUCAGAGAUCUCACAACUAAAAAAAGCUAUCACACAACUGGCCACUAGCCUGCGUACAACAGAGGCAAUGCUACUUAGCUGGCCAUAGGGAGAGUGGUCAGGGGAUUUGCAGAUAUUCUCAAGCUGGGGCUGCCAGGGUGCAGAUCCGUCAACCGUGGCUGAAGAUGAAUCAGGAUCCAAACAGGUAGGGAGUUUGUUGGAGGCUUCAGCAAGGGAAAGGAGGUCUAGGCAGGGAAGCGCACGGAUAUUAGAAGAGAAGUAGGUUAGUAAGAGCACAAUAAAACGCCAGCAGAGUAACUUGAGCUGAGUUGACUAACUGUUGGUUGUUCAAUGGUCCGGCAAAGAGUGGUGAUCUGAGUUCAUCUUUUAUGGCAGGUGGUGAUAGUGAGAAGGUGAGCCACUCCCUGCAACAAGUGUCCUCACUCAGCUGAUUAUCCAAUCGAAGCCUCGCGCGUGCACAUGCACGCCUCACUCACACCAAGAUGAAGGGGAGGGAGAAGGAUAGAUAACAUCUUUUGAGUGUACUUAACCACCAUUGAGGUUUGCAUCAACCUUCAUAUUGGAGAUGAGAGCAAGGUCCUCACUAUUGUUUGUGAUAUCAGCCUCACAUCUACAGAACUCUUUGAUUUUGAAGUGAGUGAGGGUAUCUGAUGGUCGUUAGGCUUGUUUUUCGGGGGGGGGGGGGGGGGGGUUGUGUUUUUAUAUCACAUUAUCAACUCAGUCUAGAUAUGAAGUAACCUCACCUGAUAACUGUCACUAAGACAAGCAAAUCUAGAGUAAAAGUUUAAUUUGCAGAUGCUAUAUUUAGUUUAAAGCUUUUCACAAUGCCUCUGUUUCAUUUCAUAUUACCAAGCAAUACUGACACCGAAAGCCCUUCUUGUUUCUGAACCUGUAAGGAUUAUGUAUUAAUGAAUGUACAUCACCAUUACCUGGCUCCAUGUGCCAUUGUUCUACUUUCAAGUUAAACACUGGAGCCAAUGUGUUUUGUAUUCAUGCCAAGGACACAACAAGCUGUUGUUUCUGAUUGACACCGACACUAUAGAGCAAUAUACUUCAGUGGCACAUGCUUUUUUUUUAAUUUCAGAGGAAAUAGUAUGGUUGCACGCGAAAGUAGGAAGCAGACAUAUUUUGUUGGCACGUGUUCAGUGUUUUGGAGAGAGUCUACUACUUGUAGAAUUUGUUGUUCACAGUUUUCAAAUUUAUGUCUAAAAAAAUCCCCACAUUGUAUGAGUGUCAAGAAAAGGAGAUGUUUCAAUUCUCUUUGCUUUCGGCGUCAUGUUCAGCCAUCACAGUGUACCAACCCUUUCAACACCUGUCGAUGCUCAUUAGUGUUCAGGUGCCAUUGCAGAAUGGCUCAUUGUGCCCUGGCCUUUUAGUGUUUUCUCUCUUUUCAUGACUCAAGCUAAAAAAAAGACAACUAUCCUAGAUAUACUCAUUAGUCAUAGCUUUGGUUUGGACUGUACUACUGCAUUUUAAAUCUCAAGGGGCCUUUAAUUUCUUCUCAGAUUUUUUCUGUUUCUGUCACAAAAAAUUGUCAUAUACGUUAUUCCCUAAGCAACAUGAACAUUUCUGAAAAUGUUUAAUUAAACCAUGGCAUGGUUUUGCUUUUGAAAUGUGAAGAGGAUUGAUUGGGCUUCAUAUUCACUGGCCCAGCCAUUCACCUGUCCUUGAGACUGGUUGACAAAGAUCCAGUUUUAUUUAAAAAGACAAGUAGCACAUUCUACAGAAAAGGCCACAACCGCUGUAAUCACACAGUUGAUAGAACAACACUGUAGGUGAGCAGUUGUGCUCUAAAUAGCCGUGCAUUCAAAAAAUAUAUAAGUUGGGGUUAACUUGUCAGAGUAACAAAAGAGCCAGAGCUAGAUUUGCCAGAGAACCAUUAUAGAAGCCUAUCAUUCAUGUCUUUUCUGUAAGUUUUCCCAAGUUACUAACUCUCCAAUAUCUAAUGUAAAACACCAAAUUAUACUGCAGUUUGUUCUGUUUUCUGUUUCUUUUGAUGUUUCUCAAAACAAGACAACAGAUUGCAUAUUUCUUCAUCCAGUGCCGAGGCAAAGAGUUUAAAUGUGGACACAAAGUCUUUUGGUUUUCUCAACAUGGCUCAUUCCUCAUGGAGCAACACCUACGCAGCGUUUACUUUGCCAAACUGAGCACUUCUGUGUUAACACUAUACUUUUAUGGUGGCAAGGGGAUUGAAUAAGUUUUAUAUGCAAUUUUCUACAUUUUCUAAAACAAAUCUAUGUAUAUAUUUGUGGAUAUGGACAGAAAUGUGUGUGGGUGUGCGUGUGAGAGAGAAAAAGUGAACAAAUACGACCAGUGGUUGGGAAUAAGAUGUAUCCAAAUGAACUGACUCGCAAUGUAUUCCAUUGUUUUGUGUAAGGGUGUAACAAGUACUUUUACUGUUUCUGCCUGAAUUGUCUUCUGUAUAUGAUGGUAUAUAUACAUAUAUAUAUUUGAUAUAUUAUUUUUUUCAACACAACAAAUAAAAAUAUGUUAUUUAUGAUCAUGGCCUUCAGUCAACAGCUUUUAAAUGCUUGAUUUAAAAAAAAUGAUUUGAGAAAUGUAUAAAGAGAGAUUUUAUCAACCA